AUGAGUAAGCGAGGCCGGUGUAGUAAUGGAAAGUUUGUUUCCAAGUCCAACGAAAAACGCAGGAAUGGUAGCGGUCGGAGGUUAUCUACAAACUCUGAAUAUGCAUGUGACGCUGGUGAAAUCCUGGGUGAAAUAGUUGAAACCACACCAGUGAAACACGUUUUUGAUGCGUGUAUCACGUUAGAACACAAUUACUGUUUGCACAAUUCCCAAACACGUAGGUCUGCUUUCCCUACUGUACACAACGUAAACGUUGUCAAGGAAGAAAUUGUGCACACAGAAGACUCCGAUAAUCAUGAUGACGAUGCAUUCGGCCAUAUUGAUUUUGACGAUGAGUGUGAAUAUGUCCCUAGUUUACAAUGGAAAGAGGGUAGACGGAUUGUAGAGUUGGGUGUUUUUGUUGACCAUCUUUCAAAAGGUUGCAAAAAAUGUGUUUACCCUUUAAAUGUAACUGAUUGUGUAGGUGAAACCAAACACGGUUUAGGUGGGUGGCUGCACAUUAUUUGCAGGAAUCCAUUGUGCCACACCAUUAAUUAUUUACUUCUUGGUAAACAUCAUGGAAGGAUUUGGGAUGUAAACACUAAAUAUGCUUCAGGCUGUUACCAAUUUCAAUUAAUUAUAUUAACUAUUAGGAGUGGUCCAUGCAGAUGUAAUUUGAACAAUGAACAUUGUCGCCUGAAAGUUGCAGUGGAUGCAGGAUGGCAAACUAGAGGUAGUGGGAGAGGAUACAACAGUUUAUCAGGUCGCCGUAGCAUGAUAGGUGCUGAGACUGGUACAAUUGUGGCAUACAGUGUACGGUGUAAAAAGUGUAGGAAAUGUGAAGCUGCUACAAGGCUAGGUUUAGAAAUAGGAAAACAUGAUUGCCGAAAAAAAUGGACAGGAAGUGCCAAAGCAAUGGAGCCAGAUAUGGUGGAGGAACUUGCAAGACAGAUGGAGAAAAGCUCUGCACCGAUUGGAACUUUGAUUGGUGAUGAAGAUAGUUCCACAAUAGCACGUCUCAAAAAAAUGUUGACCCAGCUAUUGAAAAAAAAAUCUGAUAGUAAUCAUGUCAAAAAAAAUCUUGGCAAUCAGCUAUAUGCCCUGAAGGAUACUCAUAAAGUUUUAACAGUUAAAGUGAUUAGAUAUCUUCAAAAAUGUUUUAAUUAUAUGGUUAACAAACAAUUAGGGUUAUCCCCAGGAACUUUUUCAACAGCCAGAGCUCUUCAGAUUGACAAGGAAAACUCUAAACGUCGUACUGAAAGUCAAUCAAGAGAUGCCAAGAAACGACGCCUUGAAUUGAAAGAGAAAAAAACAUCCAUCCAUGACAUUGACUACAUUCCUGCAGCACAGCUUCCUCCUAAUUCCUCAUCGGGUUAA